AUGGAGAAGAUAUCAAUGUUUGCUUGUAAUAAUCUAUUUCUACCCGGAUAUUUGCUAGGUAUGAUAGGCAGAUAUAGUUACGUUGUAAAUGAUAUUUUAGAUGAAAGCAUUCGCAUGCCAGUCACCGAAAAGAUCACAGUCUUGUCUCCUGCAAAUUUCACUGACCAGCUAAAUAACUCGGUGCCCCAGCCCUCAGCAGAAGAGGAGGCUAGGAACUUUUACGUGGGCCUCCUUCUGGCCAUCGUUUCCACUAUUUUCAUCGGUUCCAGUUUUAUCUUUAAGAAGAAAGGAUUGCUGAAACUCGCAGAAAACCAAGGAACAAGGGCAGGGGCUGGUGGCUAUGGUUACCUAAAGGAAUGGAUGUGGUGGGCGGGCAUGAUCCUCAUGAUCGUCGGAGAGUUCGCCAACUUCGCGGCCUACGCAUUCGCAAGUGCUACAUUGGUGGCACCACUUGGAGCUCUAAGUGUUAUAUUAAGUGAAGUUUUGUCGUCCCGGUUUUUAAAUGAACGUCUUAAUCUGCUCGGGAAGGUGGGUAGUGCGAUGUGUGUGUUGGGGUCCACCGUCGUGGUGCUCCACUCCCCCAAGGAACAGGAAGUGGAGAGCAUCGAGGACCUGCUGGAGAAAGUCAGGGACCCUGUGUUUAUCGUGAUGGCUGCUCUGCUGUUGUCUGUUGCCAUGUUUACCAUCAUCUUCCUGUCGCCGCGCUAUGGGCAGAAAACAGUCAUAGUUUACAUCAUUGUAUGCUCCACCCUGGGGGCCUUUACUGUCCUUGGUUGUAAAGGAGUAGGCGUGGCCAUCAGGGAAACCUACAGGGGCAGAAAUGAAUUCACUCAUUGGUUGACGUGGGUUCUACUUGGAGUGGUAGUCGUGUGUAUAUUGUUUCAGCUCAAUUACCUGAACCGAGCCUUGGACACUUACAACACAGCAGUUGUCACGCCCAUUUAUUACAAACCUAUUCAAGUUCUGUCUGGAGUUGUGCCUAUUUUGCUUCUUUUGUUAUUGCUGUAUUGGUACAUAAUGUUCAACGACACAGGGCAGCCCUCAUUUUCAAGCAAGUUGUCCACAGCAAUGACUAUCAGUCCUAAGCCAACUGGCAUGCCUUCCAUGCUGAAUGUGACGGGGGAAGUUGCCUUGGACAAUACAACAAACGUGACAGACCUGAGCAAUCAGACAAUGCCGUUCACAACCCCGGAAGAAGAGGUCCGGAAUUUUUAUGUUGGUCUGACGUUGGCCAUCAGUUCCAGUCUGUUCAUCGGAACUAGCUUUAUUUUUAAAAAGAGGGGACUUCUGAAACUUGCAAAGUACCAAACAACUAGAGCAGGGGAUGGUGGCUAUGGUUACCUCAAGGAAUGGCUGUGGUGGGCUGGAAUGAUUCUCAUGAUUCUCGGAGAAUUUGCGAACUUUGCAGCCUAUGCCUUUGCUCCGGCCACCAUGGUUACACCUUUAGGAGCUCUCAGUGUCCUAGUCAGUGCUGUGUUAUCAUCGAAGUUUCUGAAAGAAAAGUUGAAUUUGCUGGGUAAGAUAGGCUGUGGGCUGUGUAUCCUAGGAUCAACUGUCAUGGUCCUCCACUCUCCAAAGGAGCAGGAAGUGGAGAGCAUGGAGAAGCUAGUGGAGAAAAUCAAGGACCCUGUGUUUAUUGUGAUGGCCAUCGUACUUUUGACGAUUGCUGUAAUCUUUAUCCUGUUCCUGGCCCCCCGCUACGGACAGAAAACUGUCAUAGUCUACAUCACCAUCUGUUCCUCACUCGGUGCAUUCACGGUCAUGGGCUGCAAGGGAGUGGGCGUGGCCAUCAAAGAAACCUUCAAGGGCAGAAACGAGUUCACAAACUGGCUAACCUGGGUCCUACUAGUUGUGGUGGUGGUGUGUAUAUUGUUUCAGCUCAAUUACCUGAACCGAGCCUUGGACACUUACAACACAGCAGUCGUCACGCCCAUUUAUUACGUGUUUUUUACAUCAUUUGUUAUCUUCAUGUCUGUGAUAUUGUACAAGGAGUGGGGGAAAAUGAGUGGGGUGGACAUUGCCGGGGACAUCUGUGGAUUCCUGACCAUUGUGGUCGGCAUUUUCUUGUUGCAAGCAUUUAAGGACAUGAACAUAUCCUUGGCAAACCUUCCCAAGGCAAGGAAAGAGGAGUCCCUGCAUAAUGGAGAAGCUUUAAUGGUGAGAUACGACGAAGACGAUGAACAACAUCUUCUUGACGAUGAUCAGGAAAUGCAGAUGCCAACAGAUUAUGAUGAUCCACAUUCCUUUACAGAAGAAUUCAGGCCUCAAGCACAUUGAUGUUAGAGAAAAUUAUCAUUUCAUUUACUUUGCAUAAUGUGAUCAAUCAUGUGAUCAGAAUGUGAUGGGUUUUUUUUCUUGUUAUACAUGUUGAAUUCCAUCAUAGUCAUUACCAAAAAGGAUAUUCAUGGUGUUCAUUAAAAUUCCAAGUUCAUAAGAUAAAUUAAUUUGAUACAAUCCAUUACAAUAACCACAUAUUCAACCCCAAUAAGAGAGAUGACCAAUACAUGUAUUAAUAUACAAAUAUUCAGGUUCACAAAGCCUUUGAUUUGAAGUUCUAUCAGAGGUGUAUAUUUUCAAUAAAGAAAGCAUGCCAACAGAUAAGAUACAAUGUAUUCUUUGAUGUAUGGUAUUCAGGGAUAGGCUUUCCUUUGGUCAUUGAUUCAGAUGGGUAUCUUUAUAGAUUUGUUCUGUUUUCAGUUAUCUAUAAAAACCAUAUAAUGGUAUUGUUUUUGUCAGGUUAUUGUAGAAAAAAAUGAUACUUCAUUCUUUAUUCAUCAAACAAGUAUAUGUCUUAUUGUUUUUCAUUAAGUGUUAAAUUUGAUGUAUAAAUUUUAGAUUUUAAUUAUUAUAGAAAUAUAUUUGCAUGAAUUUAAAUUUUUACUCAAUUUUCAAGAUGCCAAAUAAAGAAAUGUAUAAAAUGCUUGCAUGAAAUUACAAUCAGAAUUUAAAUUGUUAUGGAAAAACUCUCAGACUUUAAUAUAUAUAUCUCCAUUUUUUUUUUUCAUAGAGAUAGGGGAAAUAACUCUUAAGUGUGGAAUAUAUAAAGUGGCAUUCAUAAUUCCAUGUGUUAUGUAAAUUCUUAUUAUUUAAAGAGGCAUUUCGAGACUACAUUUCUUUAUCAUUUUUGUAAAUAAACAUACAUGCAUGUGUGUGGGUGUGUUUCAAUCAGAGAAGACCAGAAAUUUUUAUAAUAUGUACAUUAUAUUAUAUAGUCUUGUACCAUGACGAUGAUCUCCUCUUAUAGAUAUUAUAACAUAUCUUGAUAUUCUUUUGCCAUUUCUCUUAAUUAUUGCUUUGUUUUAGAACAUUAUAUAAGUAUUAUUUUUGUUACAUAUUAUGGAAGUGUGUUAGAUCCAAGUUUCUGAUUUUUAAGCAUGAUCAUGUACAAGUGUUUAUCAGAGCUGUAUGUAAAGGGUAUGUGUCUGUGUUGUAUUCUAAUUCAUACCCCUUCCUCCAACACUUCACAUCAAAAAGUUACUCAAGUUACAGGGCAGCGAAAACAGAAAAUCAAUUCUAAUACAUUCAUUUAUGUUCAUUGAUAUGAUUUUGAUGCAAGCAUGGCAAAACUUUAAAAUGUUAAUUUUUUUCCUUUUUUUUUUAUAAGGCCUACUUGCACUCUAAAAAGCACAAAUGUUAAACAAAAACUGGUUAACUUUUUGAUACAUAAAAUGUUUAAAGCACGAAAUCACUCUAUGCUCUAUUCUUACAUCUGUAAGACAUUUCCAGAAAUAAAGAUUUUUUUUUUUACCAUUAGAGUAUUCUAAAUAUUUUAAGUAUGCUAUCAUAUAUUUAUGAUUGCAAUGAUGACACUCAAAGUGCAUUCAGUUAAAGAGAGGUCCAUUGUUAGGAGCUUUGAAACUUCUUGUGAAACAUGUACCAGCUGGAAAUUUGACAGUUCAGAGGGUGGAGUGGUCUUUUUAAUGAAGUGGAGUUAGUUUCCUUGAUCAUACAUAAUUUCCUAGUCUUCUAAAGUACAGCAGUCCUAUACUAUAGUUUUCUGGGGAUCACCUGACCCUAUUGAAAACCACUGAUGUAGUCAUACCUAUACAUCUGAGAUUUGCAAAGUUACUGGGUCUAGUCACAGUAGACAUGAUUAAUGGCAUCUCCAUCUUCAUUUGUAUGAAGAAGAUUACACUAGUUUCUGUUAUAUAUCACAUACUUUUAAUUGACUCUACAAACAUAUCAAUUAUUACUAACAACUGUGUAUUCCUAGAUUUUAAUUGGUUUAUUUAUUCAUAUAAUAUAUAGUUUGUAGUGAAUGGGCAAUAUCCAAUGUGCAAAAAGUGUUGAACAGUUGGAAACUGUGUGAAUAUCAUACUUGUGUGUGUAGUUGAGUUUUAGACAUAGGAUUGCGUUUCGACAUCUUUAUUUGUAGUACCGGUUACUCAUUUUUGUGAUCAAUCUUUGGGUGUCCUGUUUUAUGUUCUACCUAACUUAUGUAGAAAAAAAAGGGUAUGCAUAAGUCAAUAAUGUCUGUAAUGGCCAUUUGUCUUUAUAAUGACGUUGAUAUAAUCAUCUGGUUCAUCUCAACACAUUUCAUACCUCACUGUGUAUACAGUACAUUAAUUAGAGAUAUAUCAUGACAGGAAACAACAGAGUUUUAAUUGUUUGUUUAACAGAUUUUAUUUUUUGAAGUUGUUAUAUGUGUAGUUAUCAUCAUUAAUCACAAGAAGUCGUAUAUCGAUUUAUCCUGAAACAUUUUAUAUUCAUUAUUCAUUGGAUAUUUAAGAUGUUGUAUUGUGAUAAAAAAUUUUAAAAAUCUACUUAAUCUAUAGACAGCGUGAAUGAUUGAAAGCAGCAGAUCUGAAAAUGUUGAGAUUUUUCUACAGAGAUCACCAACUUAUUGUUAGAUUUAUUUAUUUUUCAAUUGUGUGAUAAUAUAGCUUGUUAUCUCCGAUUAGAAAAUAAAAUAAAAUUUAUUUUAA